AUGAAUACGUUGACGGAAGUCAUUGGUGGCAGUAAGAAAGAUCAGGCUGGACAGGAGCCUGUUUCUGGAAAGCAGGGCCAGGGCACUGCUGGUCAGCCGUACGAUGCUGGAAAUCAGCAGGGUAAGUUGGAUGGUGUUGAAGGCGUGCCUUUGUUCUGUACUGUUGGAACGUCUUGCUGAUCACGUUGGCACCACAGAAGACGCGAGCUCAGCUGGAAAGGCGCCGCAGCACACGAGUAAGUGACAGGCAAGAUGAGAUCGGCAUGGGAGCGUAUGGAUCAUGACCUCUGAUCCCGAUUUCCAGAUCCCAAUGAGUCGCCCGUCCUCAACAAGUCUGGCCAGGAACCUGUCUCAGGAGAGCAAGGCAAGGGUACCGCUGCGCAGCCAUUCGAUGCUGGAAACCAAGAAGGUACGAGAGAUAGAUUUCUAUGUGUGCCUUGGAAAGAUGCAACACAGCAAUCCAAUGUAACGACCAACCCACUGACUGUUCUGUAGACAAGCCUGACCUGGCUGGUAAAGCACCGGCAGACGGUAAGUCGUCUGACCGACCCGCUGAGCCCGCUACCAUUGGAACCGCUGGAGAUGCUAAGUCUUCGCCUAAGCUGUUUAAAUCACCCACGACCGGGAGCUCGAGAUGGUUCGCAAAUCCUUUCGCCAAGGACAAGAAUAAUGAGUCUUCUUCAGACCAGGUGGCGCAGGAAGUCAUCGAUUCUGAGGCUACAUCGACAGCAGCGGACGGAAGGGCUACUUCAGGAGCAGAGGCUAAAAGUUUACCGCCAAAUCACCUAUGCGGGGAUGUUCCUCCCGGACAGAAUACGAUAGUCGUAGACCCGCCAGAAUCAAAAACCACUGUCAUAGAUCCUGCUUUCGACAACACAGACGGCAAUUUACCCAACCAUCUCGGCGAGGACGUCCCUCCAGGUCCAACACAGAAUGGAGAAAAGAUAGACAAAGGCAAAGGGAAGGCGAAAGCGACAGCAGCUGACUUACAAUACAACUCGGAGCCCUCACCCGGAUACACGGAAAGUUCAACGGUGAGCAAUCGUUCCACAAGACGAGAAUCAGGCUCUACCGAUUUCACGGCCGCUACUAGAAAUACAUUUUCCAGCUUUGCCACUUCUGUUGCCGGCUCUGUUGCCGGCUCUGUUGCCGGCUCGUCGAGGAACACGUCGGGUGGGAACUUACAUAUCGUGCAUUCUCAAGGCAAACCUAUCAUGGCUGGAGGCGUUCCUUUGGGACUACCGGCUAUGCAAGAACGGGGCAGGAGAUUCAGUAGCGCCGUCCCCAGUCAUUACCGGGAAGACGAUGAACUCACGAAGACGAAUAUGGAAGCUGAUACUAAUGCUGGGUCGCUUCCCGUUCCACCUCCCAAGAGAUCAGAGCCUGAGCCCACGAGGAUGAAAGCAUCGGUGGUGUCGGGAGAUUCUGCAGUUGCUACUUCUGGCAAUGACGAUGGCAAGCCGAGGCGAAGGUCUAGCGUGAUGAUGCGAGCGAAGAAUCUGGGACGGAAAGUUAAACAUUCGAUUGCUCAUUGA